GUCUCUUUACUGAAGAUAAUAAGACCAUCGUUCAGAUCUUGGCAAUCUAAGGCCAAAACCAAACACUUGCUUGGGUUGAUGGAAUACAUAUACUAAAAGCAAUAUGGAAAAUGAACCAGACUAUGAGAAUGCGGAACAGAACCUCUGUGCCAAGACUACUGAAGAAGAACUGAAUAAGUCUUUUAAUCUGGAAGCUUCACUUUCAAAAUUCUCCUACAUAGAUCUGGACAAGGAACUGGAGUUCAAAAAUGAUCUGAUUGAUGACAAGGAGUUUGAUAUUCCUCAAGUUGACACUCCUCCAACUCUGGAAAGCAUACUAAACGAGACUGAUGAUGAAGAGGAGUCUUUUGUUCUUGAGGAUCCUACGCUGCUAAACAUCGAUACUAUUGAUUCUCACUCCUAUGAUACUUCAUCUGUGGCAAGUUCAGAUAGCGGUGACAGGACUAAUUUAAAAAGGAAAAAAAAACUACCUGAUUCUUUUUCACUCCAUGGAUCAGUUAUGCGACAUUCACUUCUAAAGGGAGUUUCUGCCCAGAUAGUGUCUGCAGCUGACAAAGUGGAUGCUGGCUUGCCUACAGCAAUUGCAGUGUCCAGUUUGAUAGCAGUGGGUACAUCUCAUGGAUUGGCUUUAAUAUUUGGAAAAGAUCAGAACCAAGCCUUGCGGCUCUGCCUGGGUAGCACGAGCGUUGGAGCGCAGUAUGGCGCCGUCUCUGCCCUCAGCAUCAACAAUGACUGCUCCAGGCUUCUUUGUGGGUUCGCUAAAGGCCAGAUCACCAUGUGGGAUUUGGCCAGUGGAAAACUUCUCAGAUCAAUAACAGAUGCUCAUCCUCCAGGAACAGCGAUAUUGCACAUCAAGUUUACAGAUGAUCCAACUCUUGCGAUUUGCAACGACAGUGGAGGUUCUGUUUUUGAAUUGACCUUUAAGAGAGUGAUGGGAGUGAGGACCUGUGAAUCCAGAUGUCUCUUCAGUGGCUCUAAGGGUGAAGUGUGCUGCAUCGAACCUCUACAUUCUAAGCCUGAAUUGAAGGAUCACCCCAUCACACAGUUUUCAUUAUUGGCCAUGGCUUCCUUGACAAAGAUACUUGUCAUUGGAUUGAAACCAUCCUUGAAGGUGUGGAUGACUUUUCCCUAUGGACGGAUGGAUCCCUCCAGUGUCCCGUUGCUGGCCUGGCACUUCGUGGCAGUGCAUAAUUAUGUGAACCCCAUGCUCGCGUUCUGCAGAGGUGAUGUCGUACAUUUUCUCCUGGUUAAGAGAGAUGAGUCUGGAGCGAUACAUGUCACUAAGCAAAAGCACCUUCACCUGUACUAUGACCUCAUCAACUUUACUUGGAUAAAUUCUCGCACAGUUGUGCUCCUAGACAGUGUGGAGAAGCUACAUGUGAUGGAUCGGCAGACCCAGGAGGAACUAGAAACCGUGGAGAUCUCAGAGGUGCAGCUGGUCUAUAACAGCAGCCACUUUAAGUCACUUGCCACCGGAGGAAACGUUAGCCAGGCCUUGGCUUUGGUUGGAGAGAAGGCUUGUUACCAAUCCAUCAGUAGCUAUGCUGGUCAGAUCUUUUAUUUGGGGACAAAAUCUGUUUAUGUGAUGAUGCUGAGGAGCUGGAGAGAGAGAGUGGAUCAUCUCCUGAAACAAGAUUGUCUUACAGAAGCCUUGGGUCUCGCAUGGUCUUUUCAUGAAGGAAAAGCCAAAGCAGUGGUGGGGCUCUCAGGAGAUGCCAGUAAACGAAAGGCUGUUGUUGCUGAUCGGAUGGUUGAAAUCCUAUUCCAUUAUGCAGACAGAGCUCUGAAAAAGUGCCCAGACCAAGGAAAGAUUCAAGUAAUGGAGCAGCAUUUCCAGGAUACCGUGCCGGUCAUCGUUGAUUACUGCCUACUGCUGCAGCGGAAGGAUCUUUUAUUUAGCCAAAUGUAUGACAAGUUAAGCGAGAAUUCAGUGGCCAAGGGAGUAUUUUUGGAGUGCCUUGAGCCAUAUAUUUUGAGUGAUAAAUUGAUGGGGAUCACACCCCAGGUCAUGAAGGACUUAAUUGUUCAUUUCCAAGAUAAAAAGUUAAUGGAAAAUGUGGAGGCCCUCAUUGUACAUAUGGAUAUCACCAGCCUAGACAUUCAGCAGAUAGUCCUCAUGUGCUGGGAAAAUCGUCUCUAUGAUGCUAUGAUCUAUGUCUACAACAGAGGCAUGAAUGAAUUUAUUAGUCCCAUGGAGAAACUUUUCAGAGUCAUUGCUCCUCCUCUGAAUGCAGGAAAAACGCUAUCAGAUGAGCAAGUUGUCAUGGGCAAUAAGCUUCUUGUAUAUAUUAGUUGUUGUCUGGCAGGUCGCGCCUAUCCCCUGGGUGACAUCCCUGAAGAUCUUGUCCCCUUGGUUAAAAACCAGGUUUUUGAAUUUCUGAUUCGCCUGCAUUCUGCAGAAGCUUCUUCUGAGGAAGAAGUCUAUCCUUAUGUCCGGACUUUGCUACAUUUUGACACAAGGGAAUUUCUGAACGUAUUGGCACUGACCUUUGAAGAUUUUAAAAAUGACAAACAAGCUGUGGAAUACCAGCAGCGAAUUGUGGAUAUUUUGUUGAAAGUUAUGGUGGAAAAUUCGGAUUUCACUCCCUCGCAAGUAGGGUGUCUCUUUACUUUCCUGGCUCGGCAGCUUGCAAAGCCUGACAAUACCUUGUUUGUGAACAGAACCCUCUUUGAUCAGGUUCUGGAAUUCCUCUGUAGUCCCGAUGAUGACUCCAGGCAUUCUGAGAGACAGCAGGUCCUUUUAGAAUUGCUGCAGGCUGGAGGAAUAGUUCAGUUUGAAGAGAGCCGACUCAUCCGCAUGGCAGAAAAAGCUGAGUUCUAUCAGAUUUGUGAAUUUAUGUAUGAACGUGAACACCAAUAUGACAAAAUUAUUGAUUGCUACUUGCGUGACCCACUGAGAGAGGAAGAAGUCUUUAAUUACAUUCACAACAUCUUAUCCAUUCCUGGCCACAGUGUAGAGGAGAAGCAGUCUGUGUGGAAGAAAGCAAUGGAUCAUAUUGAGGAACUUGUGGCUCUGAAGCCCUGGAAGGCUGCAGAUUUGGUUGCAACCCACUUUUCUGCACAGAUUGAAACCGUCAUUCAAAAACUUCAGAACCAAGUUUUACUUUUCAAAUUUUUGAGGAGUCUUCUUGACCCAAGGGAAGGUAUUCAUGCAAAUCAAGAAUCACUGCAAGUAUCUCCCAGUAUUACGGAGCAGUUCAUUGAGCUACUGUGUCAGUUUAAGCCACACGAAGUUACAGAGACACUGCAAGUCCUUGAGGGCUACCGGCUGGAAGAAACUAUUCAGAUUACUCAAAAAUAUCAGCUCCAUGAAGUCACUGCUUAUCUAUUGGAAAAGAAAGGAGAUAUUAGUGGUGCUUUCUUGAUAAUGCUAGAGAGACUACAAAGCAAACUUGAGGAGAUAACACAUCAAGGUGAAAGUACUGAAGGAGACUCCUCACUGAAGGAUGUUGAAGGCGCCAUUGUAGACACCAUUGCACUUUGCCAAAGAAAUUCCCAUAAUUUGAAUCAGCAGCAACGAGAGGCACUCUGGUUUCCACUAUUGGAGGCAAUGAUGGCCCCCCAGAAGCCGUCCAGCUCAGCCACCCCUCACCUCCACUCCGAAGCUCUGAAAUCUUUGACCAUGCAAGUUCUCAAUAGCAUGGCGGCAUUUAUUGCUCUUCCUUCAAUCUUGCAAAGAAUCUUACAGGACCCAGUUUAUGGAAAAGGAAAACUUGGAGAAAUCCAGGGACUUAUUCUGGGAAUGUUAGACACCUUUAACUAUGAACAAACUCUACUAGAAACAACAACCAGCCUUCUAAACCAAGAUCUCCACUGGUCACUGUGCAACCUGAGAGCUUCAGUCACGAGAGGACUGAAUCCUAAACAGGAUUAUUGCUCUGUAUGCCUGCAGCAGUACAAGAGACGCCAGGAAAUGGCUGAUGAGAUUAUUGUCUUCAGCUGUGGCCAUUUGUAUCAUUCAUUCUGUCUACAAAACAAAGAAUGCACCAUAGAAAUCGAGGGCCAAAUGAGAUGGACGUGCUACAAAUGCAGCUCAAGUAACAAAGUAGGAAAACUCAGUGAAAAUUCAUCUGACGUUAAACAAGGAAAGAUAGCCCCAACACAGGCGAAGACGUCUCCCUCAUAUCAUCAGUCCAAAGGGGACCCUCCUGUCAAGAAGGUAAACUCAGAGUUACACAGCGUGACACAUGCCACCGUCCCCAAGAGGCCUGGCUUUGAAAAGACUCGAGUGAUUUAGUGUAACCUGUGUGUUCUUUAUGUCAAAAACUAAGGAACUUUGAAGAAAGAUCAGCUGCCCCCCACAACCACAUUGUUGUCCAGUUACAAAAUGCUCACUUAAAAGCAAGUUCCCACAACCUGCUUUUCACCCCUGGCGAUCCUUUAGCUCUGUCAUUCACCAUCAGAAAUGGGGCAACAUUAUAAAAGUAUGACUUUUCCUCUUGUAAUCCAUGAACAAAAACUUUCCAAGUUUCAAAUGGUAUUCUAAGUGGUUAAGUUACACUUGCUCCUUCUCCAAGCAAGAGGUGAGACUAUGUCUAAAGUAUUUUAUCCUAUCUACAUAUUUUAAUAGCUUUUAUUUGUCAAUGAGAGUCCAUUUCCAACAUUCACCAUGCUUUUUAGCUGAUUUGCAAAGUCUUAUGUCAAUAAUUUGGGCUUAUUGGUAGCUGCCUUUGAGAAUUCAUGUUGGCUGGCUACUCCUGAAAUAGGAUAUUCUUAACUAGGACCACCAACCACCCCUAAAUUCAAUGAAGCCCAAACUAAGUCGACAUACUUAGCACGGCUCAUUGUGUCUAUAGUUGCUUUAACUUCCCAUAACAGAUGAGAGGGCAGGGAAGACUUCACAGUGGGUAAAAAAGAAAAGGGUAUUACAGGUGGACCUGCGUGAAUAGAGCAGGCACACUGGAGGAACUGGGGGUGAAAAUCUGCUGGGAGGGGCACAAAAGGCCCCGUCUGCAGGAGCUGCUGCUUAUCCUGAGGCUGAGUCCCACUGAAAGCAGGAAGGCCAGUUAGAACAAUUAGACAGUUGUCUAAGCAAGAGAAAAAGUUCUUGAGGAAAUUGAAGAGAUAAAUUCAAAUCUUUAUGAUACUUUUCCAAGUCUGUUAGGUGUCCUUUGAGCUCACAGAACCCUGACCUAAUCCCAGUCAACACACUUGCCUUGAUGUGUGGAGGUUAGCUCUACCUAAAGUCCAUCAGUCACUCCUAAGACCUCUUUGCUGGCCCAGGCUUCUGUCCCCAGUCUGAUAGCCAGUGCCUCG